UCCACUCAUUUUGUGUGGGACCAAAGCUCAGAGUGAAAAGCAGAGGCUUCUCAGCAAUAAGUUUACAAAAAGAUGGAAACAACAACAUCUGAAUAUGACUACGGCACUGAGACCUACAAACCGGUUACACCAUGCAACAUGGACAGUAAUAACAAUCUGGGGGCUCGGCUCUCCAUCCUCUACUACUUCAUGUUUGCCUUCAGCCUCCUCGGCAAUGGGCUGGUCCUGAUUAUCAUCUAUCGGUUUGAGAGGCUGACCACGGUGACCAACAUCUUGCUCCUGAACCUGGUGGCGUCUUCCCUGAUCUUCAUGAGCAGUCUUCCCUUUGUCGCCAUCUACAUGCAGCUCAAAGACUGGAUUUUUGGCUCUGUUAUGUGCAAGACAGUCUUCAGUGCAUACUAUAUGGGCUUUUACAGUUCUGUCUUCUUUUUAACUCUGCUGACAUUUGACCGACACCUCGCUGUUGUGUAUUCGGUGCCUGCAGCACAGGUGAGAAAUCAGCGCUAUGCGUUCAUUUCUUGUGCAGUGGUGUGGCUGGGGAGUGGUUUAGCUUGCAUUAGGCCAAUGCUCCUCCACAACACUUACUAUAACCGUAUAGAAAACAAUACCCUUUGUGAUGAGUAUCCUCGUGACCUUGAAGGUAUUGACGUGAACAGACUAAGAAAUUCUGGAUUUUAUAUUCAACUUUUGGUUUUCUUUAUUUUCCCUCUGGCGAUUAUUAUGUACUGUUACAUCAAGAUCACAAUCACAGUCAUCUCAUCCAGAAUAGCUACUAAAUUUAAGACAGUCAGGCUGAUCUUUUUCAUUGUGCUGCUGUUUUUUAUCUGCUGGACACCUUUUAACAUUAUAGAACUCCUCAUACAUAAUGAAGAACUAGACUGUGAGGCGACAAAGAAACUUCUUUAUGCCCAUCAGAUCACUCUUGACAUGGCAUACUUUUACUUUUGUAUCAGCCCCAUCUUUUACACAUUUGUAGGGAGAAAAUUCCAGAACUACUUCAGGCAGCUGCUGAUAGGAAAUUUCCCGAACUUGAAAAAGUACAUCUCUGUACCUGAAAUCACCAGAACCCACAUGUCGACAAAAAUUACAUCAACUGAACAAAGUGAUGGGAGGCAAAAUAUGAGUUUAUUAUAGAACAAUACAAAUGGAUUCAUGGAUUUAAAUUAUCAGAUUAAAAACUCUAUUAAAAUAUAGAAAAAAUGUUUCAUAACCUUGACCCCAAAAAUAUACAAUGAAUCUCAAUCUUCCAGAAAAAACAUUGAAAUUAAUUGAAAAUGGCCAUAAAUAUACAUGGCUAAAAAACCGCAACAAUGUGCCCUUGCUAUGAUAAUGCGUCUAGUGUAAGCAUGUUUUUACACCUUACAAAAUACUUUCAUCAUACUGAGUUGGUAGCAGACAUUUACUAGUAUAAGGUAUCUCUGCCUUGUCACCUAUGUGAUAUGCAAUACACUGCCAAUAAUUUGUUUCAUUACAGAUCCAUAAGCAGCUGAUGAAUUUUACCUGGUAGUCCGAUUGCUUAAAUUUUGAUUUAAUAAAUAUCUAAUAUUUAGCAAUAUGAUACAAUCAGUCACAAUUAAACAAAGUAAUGAUGAUUCGAAAAUUAACAAGUAUAACUAUAAAGCAUUUC